GUGUGUAGAAUUUUUACUCAACUUGGCAUUUGACAAGUCUCCACUUUCUUUUCGGUAUCAAAAACUAAGCGCUCAACAUGGGUCGUAUGCACGCUCCAGGCAAGGGUAUUUCCCAGUCCGCCCUACCGUACAGACGCACAGUGCCAUCAUGGCUGAAACUUAACGCCGAGGAUGUCAAGGAGCAGAUCAAGAAACUUGGCAAGAAGGGCCUGACACCCUCCAAAAUUGGUAUCAUUUUGCGUGAUUCCCAUGGUGUGGCCCAAGUACGCUUUGUUAAUGGCAACAAAAUCCUGCGCAUUAUGAAGUCGGUUGGUCUCAAACCCGACAUUCCCGAGGAUUUGUACCACAUGAUCAAGAAGGCAGUGGCCAUCCGUAAGCAUUUGGAGCGCAAUCGCAAGGAUAAAGAUGGCAAGUUCCGUUUGAUUUUGGUUGAGUCCAGAAUUCAUCGCCUGGCGCGCUACUACAAAACAAAGAGCGUACUGCCACCGAACUGGAAAUACGAAUCCAGCACGGCAUCUGCUCUGGUUGCCUAAAUUGGCUACGCAAUUCUUUUAAGCAAACUAAAUAAACACCAAAACAAACGA